AUGCAAUCCAGUGCUCUCGCAAGGCCCAUUGCGGCCAUUGCCGGUGUUGUGGUGGUUGCAAAAGUGGCUCAGGUGUUUUUUCCGGAUGUGUAUGGCCAGAUCGUAGGUUGGUUGGGUUCUCGAGAAGAGAAGAAACCCCAGAGGCCACUGCCGUACGUUGGAACCACUCCAGUUGAGGAAGGAUUUGACUGGAAAAAGGUUGAACCUGAGAAAUUUAGGACGUUCAGAGCUGCUGAGUACAAGAUGACCAUGGGUCUGAAAACGCUGGAUCAUGAUGACUGGAUUGUCAUCGACAACACGUACUUGUGGGUGUCCAAUAUCCGUGCAAAAAUUCUUGCGCAACAUCCUAAUACGGUGAUUUCGUUCCACGAGUCUGCUCGUGAAGCUGUUCUGGAGCUUUACGAUGCUGUGACAAAGUUUUUGAUGCAAAGAUACCCGAUGUACUUCUACCCUGUUGCUGCUAAUGAUGGAGCAAUGAAACUCUACAACGAAAUUCGCGAUGAAUACCUGCCUUUGCACAGUGGUCAUAUCGAUGAUCCGGUCGAGGCAUUAAAGGUUCUGGCUGUGACUAUUAACGAUGAUUUAAUUGUUCUAAUCAAGAAUCCAGCAGAAGGUGAUCAUGACGAGUACCAUGUUCGUGCUGGAGUUUCUUUGUUCCCAGCUGGUUUCGAUCCUAGUUUCAAGGCAAAUAAACCCUUGACAACCAUUCAUGGACCUGUUCCCGGAUACUUGUCAAAAUUGCAGCUUUCAAUGAACAAGUUUUUUGCGAGGUUACAAGCAGGUGAGCUAAAGUACCGCUCAAAUUGGUCAAUUCAGACGCAUGGAAAGUUGUUUGCUCUUACUGAGAACCAUGCCGGUGAAAAGAAGACAUUAGAAGUGCUUGAUCCUGAUGAUCUGGACUUCAACAAAUGCUUUCUGCGCUGCGAGAAACAAGCUUUCACCCAUCUGCCGAACUCAGAAUGUAACGUGAUGUCCGUCAAGACCUACGUGUACCCAUUGACUGAUAUUCGGGCAGAGGGUCUUGGAGAGACACUUUGUGGCGCAAUUGAUGGCCUUCCUGAAGGAAUGGCGCUCUACAAGAGAGCUCUCGGCUGGGGUCCAGCUGUUAAGAAGUACAUGCGGUACGAAUCUGACGGUGCUGUGAAGGAAAUUUACAAAUAUCAGUUUGAGACGUGA